UAACUUCACUCUUCAGUCCAGUCACAUGGUUUUCCUGUUCCCAAAGCUCUUGUUACCAGUGCCAUUUCACAGAUCCAAAUCUCAAUCUUCACCUAAAUUAAAUCCUCAACAAUUCCCCCUUUUCGCUGAGAAAAAUCUCAAUCUUCUGUUUUCCAUGGCAAAUGCAUGGAAAAGAGAUAAACCCUUUCGCCUCCUCUCUCCAAAGUUGCUUUUUUUACUCUUCUCUUCCACUCUCCUCUUGCUCUUCCUAUUCUUCUCUUUCCUCACUCCUCGUCCUUCAAACCCUAACCCUAACUUCCUCACUCUCAACACCAAUCUCCUCUCAACUUCAAUUCCCCCUUUCGACUGCAUCAAAUCUCCGCAAGCUCACCCGGUAGUUGCGAGCGUCGUUGAAGGUGUUCGUUACCCGUUUCUCUAUUCGCUUUCCGAUUUUGGAAAGCUACCUGAUAAGCCACAUAAGAACAUUGUGAGGUUGCUUAAAGGGAAAGCUUUUCGGAAACCGGAUAUCUCUGUCACUAUUCAAGAGAUUCUUGAGGAGGCUAAAGGUGAGGGGACUAAUGGGUUUGUUGUAGAUGUUGGUGCUAAUGUUGGUAUGGCGAGUUUUGCUGCUGCGGCUAUGGGGUUCCGUGUUUUGGCUUUUGAGCCUGUUUUUGAGAAUUUGCAGAAGAUCUGUGAAGGGAUUUACUUUAAUAGAGUUGCGGAUUUGGUUACUCUGUUUGAGGCUGCAGCUUCAGAUGGUAUUGGUAACAUUACCAUUCAUAAGUUGGUUGGUAGGCUGGACAAUAGUGCGGUAUCCGCCACAGGAGCAAAGUUGGCAUUUAAGUCAAAUGAAGAAGUAGCUUUUAAAGUACGUACUGUUCCACUUGAUGAAGUGAUUCCAACAUCAGAGCGUGUGCUUCUGCUCAAAAUAGACGUUCAGGGCUGGGAGUAUCACGUUCUCAAAGGAGCUACAAAGUUACUCUCAAGGAAGGGAAGCCAAGCUCCCUAUCUCAUAUAUGAGGAAGAUGAGCGUUUGUUGCAUGCGAGUAAUAGCAGCACUAAGGAAAUUCGAGACUUCCUCCAUAGUGUGGGUUAUCAUGAUUGCACACAACAUGGCACAGAUGCACACUGUACCAAGAAGGAUUGAUUGGAAUUUUGGUUUGGUUUUGCAGCUCCUUGAUGGAAAAUCAAGGCAUUCGUUGUUUCUGUCUACACUUUCCAGUUGACUAACACCACCGCAUGUCAGCAAAUUGUUGAGCAGUGAACAAUUAGAUGAAUUGGUUACAGGUGAUGAUGAUGAUGAUGGGAACCAUUGAGAUGUGCAACAACUGCCCCGCUAACAGCAAGCUGCUAAACAACAUCAUGCAAAAGUAUCUAAUGGACAUGUACAUUACAUUCAACAUGAUUCUUGUGUAGAUGUCUUUGGGAUUUACUGAGGUUUUGUAUACAAGCUUUUUAGUUGUAGGCAUUCACUAAAUGCACAUCUUAAGUUUCCAAUUACGUUUGUGUAUCAGACAUAUACAGAAUACAAAAGCUUCUCAUGUUUGAUUUGUAGUAACCAAUAUGAAGUUUGAAACAUAUAGGAGAUUAUAUCAUCUCCGGAAGAAACCAUGAUUCGAAUAA